AGACCGUUUCUAUCCUCCUAGGUCUCCUCACCUGUAAAUCAAAGAAAUUGUGUUUGGCCAUGUCAGAGGUCCCUGUUUGGCAGCUUUCCAAGUGUAUGGAGACCAUUCCUAAUCGGUCUUGAUGGCUCCUCCCUGGCUGCUGCUCCGUCAGAACAGUGAAUGGUGGGAAGUGGGCAGAGUGGGACAGGGAGAGAGGGGGCAGGGUGUUCAACCUGGAAAUAGCCGUAGGACCUGCCUUGGUUUCCCCCAAAGCAUUCCACUUUCUCUGUAAGCUGGUGCACAGGUAAGCUAAGAGAAUCCCGAGCCUGGUAACCAGACCUGCUCUUCCUGGUUUCCCUGAGUCACAGUGACAGAUACUUCCAGGAAUUUUACAACGGCCCAGGAACAUUUGUUCUUUCUUCAGAGGCCAGGAAGUGGGAGAGCACAGUGGGUGGUGGAGGGUGGGAAAGAGACAAGAGAGAAUCCCAGGAGUGUUACAGAAUGACCACCAACGUGAUGGCACCCUGCUGUAGAGAGACGCUUAGUAGCUAGGUCCUCGAAUAUUGCAAAUAAUACUUGUGUUGGCAGUUCUAGGCAUCGGAAGCUCUGUGUGAAACAGAAACCAGUGGCUAUCGCAUUUCGACGUAGCACGCAGGCAAAGGUGCGUUUGCUCGGACCCUCUGCGUGUGAAGUCGGCUUUAGCGGGUGUCCCACGGCUUGAUUCUUAUUUCCUCUUCUCGUAAGUCUGAGUAAGCAGAACACAUCGGAAUGAUUUAAUCCUGCACACCUCACCGCAAAGUUUGUGUUCUCUCUCUCUCUGCUGAUUAUCUAUUGAGGGUGUUGCAAUGCCCUUUUUCCGUGCCUCUGUCUCUGCCCAGGGCCGGAGAUAACACUGAAAUGAAAAACAUAAAUAAACAAACAAACAAACAGCGACUAGAAAGAAGAGAAACAGAGAAACAGCGAGUUGCGGUCGCCCUACACACUCCCCAAAUAGAGCUCCCUCUUCUGGAACGCGACCGAAGGGAGCCGCUCAGAUGGAAGGAGGGAAGGUGGGUGGGGUUGAUGCUUUGAGAAAGUCGGUUCCACAACGCCGCUGGCUGGCUCCGAGGCACCUCUUUGCUUUUCGUGUGCAAACGAGGAGAUUUCCCUGGCUGGGCGGGGCUGAGCUCCUGCCAGCGGGGACUCGGCUCCGAGGGGGUUCAGGAUUCGGAUGCCAGCGUGCGGCGGGGAAGCCGAGCAUCUCCAGCCGGUCCGGGAGGAUGGAGCAGAAUCGGAAGCACGGGAGACCCGCGGUUUGAGAGCUGGGCAGCGCGAGCCCGCACCUCUGCGGGAGAAGCCGGCGGAUCUGGAGGAGGCUCUCGCGCCUGGGCUCGAUCACUUCUCAGUCUCCGGUGAGAAUUCGUCUCGCCCGGAACUGAAAAUAAUGAACCUACGGCUGAGUUGCGUCUUCUUCUUGACUGCGCUCAGCGUGGUGAUUUUUGUGGUCUUUUAUCAAAGCCAGUUGAGCCCUGCCAACCUCUACCAGCGGCUCAACAGCUCCCGCGAAAGGACGUCUGUCAUCGCCUGCGAUUACGGCUCGCAAAAUCAGACGUUCUCCGUGUCGGGGAACACAUCGCCACAUCCUUUGGGAGGUAUCUCUUGCCAGCGGUACCGGACCCAGAGCCACUAUAUCACCAGCCCCCUGUCCGAAGAGGAGGCUGCCUUCCCCCUGGCCUACGCCAUGGUGAUCCACAAAGACUUCGGCACGUUUGAAAGGCUCUUCAGGGCCAUCUACGCGCCCCAGAAUGUCUACUGCAUGCACGUGGACGAAAAGGCCAGCAGGGAGUUUAAAGGGGCGGUGCGGCAGUUACUCCAGUGCUUCCCCAACGCUUUCCUGGCUUCCGAGACCGAAAGGGUGGUCUACGGUGGCUUCUCCCGGCUCCAGGCUGACCUGAACUGCAUGAAAGAUCUGGUGGCCUCCGAGGUCCCCUGGAAAUAUGUCAUCAACACCUGCGGCCAGGACUUCCCUCUGAAAACCAACAAGGAAAUCGUUAGCUACCUGAAGAGAUUUAAGGGGAAAAACAUCACCCCAGGGGUUCUGCCCCCUCAGCACGCCGUUGAGCGGACUAAGUACGUCCAUCAAGAACGCACAGGCAAAGGUGGAUUUUUUAUGAAGAAAACAAAUAUUUUGAAAGCUCCCCCUCCACACCAGCUGACCAUCUACUUUGGCACGGCGUAUGUGGCCCUCACCAGAGACUUCGUCAACUUAAUCAUGAGCGACAAGAGGGCCAUUGAUCUCUUGGAGUGGUCUAAAGAUACCUAUAGCCCUGACGAACACUUUUGGGUGACACUCAAUAGGAUCCCAGGAGUCCCUGGCGCCAUGCCAAAUGCAUCCUGGAUGGGUAACCUCAGGGCUGUGAAGUGGAUGGAUAUGAAAGACAAGCACGGAGGAUGCCAUGGUCACUAUGUCCAUGGCAUCUGCAUCUAUGGAAACGGAGACUUAAAGUGGCUGAUUAACUCGCAAAGCCUAUUUGCUAACAAAUUUGAACUCAACACAUACCCUCUGACUGUGGAAUGCCUGGAGCUGAGGCAUCGAGAAAGAACACUCAAUCAGAGCGAAACUGCCAUACAGCCCAGCUGGUAUUUUUGAUCCGAAGCAGCACUGGCCUGAAGGGAAAUUGAAGGCAUUAAGAAGAGCCUUCUUCUCCAAGGACUCUUGCCUUAGCCAUGCUAAAGGCUUCAAAAAACUGGUUUUAGGAUGUGGCUACCCAGCUAUGCUUAAAAUAUGGCUGGGUACAGCUGUCCUGGCAUUUUACAUUUUAGCCAGUCCGGCCAUUUCUUUUGAAUGUCGUUUCUUUUCGUCUCCCUCCCCUCUUUUCCUCUUCUUCUCUCUCUCUCUCUCUCUCUCUCUCUCUCUCUCUCUCUCUCUCUCUAAGGUAGGUAGGGUCUUGCUAUGUAUAUCUGACCUGGUUCUUCUCAGGUGGCCCAGGAUGGCCUUGAACUCUCAUUACUUUGACCACCCCCCCCCGAGUACUGUUAUUACAAGUGUGUACGGCCACACCUGGCUCCGAUGCCUGGCAGCCACUCGAUGCUCAUCUUCUUCCUAGUCCACUCCAGUGGUUAAUUACACAGUUAAAUGCACCUGUUAGGAGAAGGUGGGAAACACCAUUUAAGAAAAUCAGAACUUGGUUUAUUUGAGAAGGAAGCUUUCAUGCCAUCUCCCUAGCAACUAUGUACUCAGCCACACACGGGCAUAGAGACAGACUUCUAGGAACUCACCAAUCUAUUUAAUCACGAACUGACCUUGGAGAGCUGAGGAACUGUAUAGUUAGGUCAUUGUCCGUGCAUUUGACUGACAUUUGUGCAGACUUGGUCUCCAUCUCCAGCAUCAUAAACGGGUCUUGUGAACACUGACAUUUUCAGUUUACUCGUGUCUGAAGCGCUGCGCACGGUACAGAGCCAGUAACCAGAGAUCGACAGCGUGCGCCCUAAGACAGGAAGUGGCUGCAGGAAGAGGACCUCAGGGAUGCCAGGCAUUUCCGUGUCCUGUUGCAGAACGUUCUCGCUCCCACCGAGAACGCUGAAACGUCCUUACAGGAAUGAAGGAAUUCUUUCUUUCCCACGGGAAAGGUGCUAUUGUGUGGGUCUGGAACCUGCGAAUGACUCGCUUCUGGGGUUCCGUUUCCAUAGGAGAGAUGGGGACCCACUUCUGUUGCACAUGGCUUCAAGCACACCGGGACGCAGCGAUCGGUGCCCACGAGAGCCCCGAGUGGUAGGUGGACACCCGUGUCCCUUUCCACUCGUUCUCUCGGUCAUUCGUUCAGCCUGCAUUCAGCAAAGGCCUCUGGGAUGUCUGUGAUCCUCCAGACACAUGCUCACCGGCACACAAGGGCAACAAGACAGAUGCUUUCUCCACGGUGGAACUCUUGGGGAGUGGAAUCAGCUUUUGAAAUCCUGCUCUGGGGUCUUACAGAAUGGCUACACCUCACACAUACCCCAGCCUGGCUAUAUAUUACAUCAGGCCAUAGUGAUCAGUAAUUUAUUAAUAGAUUCAUCCGGGGACGGGGGGGUGGGGGACACGACAAAAAGCUAAAGCCUGCUGUGCCCCCUCCAGCUCCUCCUUAUCUCAUUUUAUUCAGAACUUGGUUCCCACUCCCCCUUUUCCCACCCCUGGUUACUUCAUCACUCAGAUGAUGUAACAAGCCUUAGGACGGUUCAUGAUUGCUAGGAAGCAAAUUCUAUGGAUUUGGGUUGCCUUUCAGCUCCUUUCAGCUCAUUUCCUUAGAGUUGUGGAGAGAAGGUGGAGUUUAAGAAUGGUCUUAGUGUUAAUAUUGAGAAAAAGUUCUGUCAGGAUUCAUGGGGGGGGGUCCAUGCUUCCAAGCCUGACAACUGGGUUCAAUUCCUGGGACCCACAUGAUGGAGGGAGAGAGCCCACUCCCAAAAGUGACUCGCCAACCUCCACACGUGUCGCAUUGGUCACCCCACCACCAAACACACACACAAAGAUGGAUAAGUGCAAUUUAAUAAAUGUCAUUAUCUUUACUAGCCCCGUUGUGUUUAUAAAUCUUUAUUUGUUCUAAUGGAAAAAAAAAACACACACACACUUGCUUUAAAUGAUGUCACUUACCACAAUUUCAUUCGUGUGCUGUAAUUGUACCUGCUGAAUGUUAAUCAUCUUUAAAGGGAAUCACUUUCAUGUAAAGCUGUUUUUUUGUUUGUUUGUUUUUUGUUUUUUAUCCUACUGAAAGAUAAAAUGGGGUCAAAUCGGGUAGCAAAGGGUUGAACGGUGGGAUGCACCAGGUGAAGGCAAAGUCUAAGCCGGGUCUCUCUUCAAUUGUUGUAUGAUGAUAGCACCUGAAGAGAAAUGUUUUACACUGGAUCUCUCAUGGAAAGUGAGAACUUAUUCUGGAGUAGAAGUUUACAUGCCCAUUGCUGGUGGCCUCUUUAUUAUAAAUAACUUUAAUAUUGGAAAUGUAUAGCAGUUUAGCUAGUGAGCUAGCUCAGAAGGUACCCUCACCUACUGUAUCUGUUUUUGGUUUCGAUGAUGUUUUCUGUUUUUGUGUAUUUGGAAAUAAAUUAAUAUAUUGUUUUCCACCUUU